AUGCGAUUUUUCUUGAUUUUCUCAAUUUUUUCGGUGAAUUUCUUGAAUUCCGAUCGAAUUUCGGAAAAUGUGAAAUCGGCGGUUUUUGAAUUCUGCGCCGGUUUUGAAGAAAAUCAAUUUUGUGAAGAUUAUUCGAGACUGAGAGGAGGUUUGCGAUGGAUUUUUUGAAUUUUAAAAAAUUUUUUCGAUUUUUUUCAGUCAGACAAACACAAAUAUCAGGAAAAUCCAAUGAAACUUUGGCUGAAGAUGUGAAAAGUUUGGAAAAUGUUGCGGUGAAAGAGGAGAUUGGAGAUGUGAUUUUACAGGAGGGAAAUGUUACGAGUGUUUUGCAUGAAGAUGAAGAAGAGGAAAUGGCGCCGUUGAGUGAGUUUUUUUUUUGGAUGAAAAUAUGUUCAAAAAAAUCUACUGUCUCAAAAUUAUUUGAUAAAUUUAUAUGGCUUUUCUGAACUGAUACGUUACUUCAUACAAUCAGAAAAUAAAUUCAAAAAUCAAAAAAUCUACUGUUUCAAAAUUUUAUGAAAUAUAAUUUUUUUUACUUGAAUUUCAAUGAAUCUCUGGAUCAUAUUAAUAAAACCUGAAAAUCUACUGUUUCAAAAUUAUUUGAUAAAUUCAUUAUGGAUUUUCUGAACUGAUAUACGAUAUGCAGAAAAUAAAUUCAAAAAUCAAAAAAAUCUACUGCUUCAAAAUUAUUAGAAAAAUAAUUUCUUCGCCAAAAUUUCAAUAUGUUCGAUGGUUAGUUCUGCAGAAAAUCUCGAAUUUAAAAAUUGAAAAUCUACUGUUUCAAAAUUAUUUCAUAAAUUUAUUAUCAAUUUUCUGAACUGAUACGUCCAAGUUGUUCGACGAAUAAUCAGACAAUAAAUUCAAAAAUCAAAAAAUCUACUGUUUCAAAAUUUUAUGAAAAAUAAUUUUAUGAAUCUGAUUUCAAUAGCUUCACUUUAUAUGCCUGAAAAAUAGCUUGAAUCUGAAAAAAAAAUUACUGUUUCAAAAUUGAAAGAUAAAUAGUUUUAUGAAUUAAACUCCAAUAAUUCAAUGUUAUUUCGGUGAAAAAAUAAGCCUUAAUUAAAAUUUAAAAAAAUCUACUGUUUCAAAAAAAAUGUGAAAAAUUUUAUAUGGGCUAUCUGAACUGAUUGGUGGUAGUUGUCAGGCAAAAUUUACUGUUUCAAAAUUGUAUGAAAAAUAACUUCUUGGGUAGAAUUUCAAUGAAUUCCUUAUUGUUUGUUGAGAAAAAUCUCGAAUUUUAAAUCUGAAAAAAUCGACUGUUUUAAAUUUAUUCGAUAAAUAUGUUACUUCAUACAAUCAGAAAAUAAAUUCAUGAAUUCAAUUGUAAUUCGUAUAAUUUACCUCUUACGAGUACAUUUAAUUCAAAAAAAAUAAUUAAAUAAGUUUUUUUUUUUGAAAAAUUGAUCGAUGACUUUAUCCAUGGCAAAAUUAGGAAGCCUUCCUGAUUUUGCCACGGGUCAUUUUUCGAUCAAAAAACUUGAAAUUUUUCAUGAAUUUGAUUGUAAGUCAAUGUUCUGUGGACAAUAAUCACAGAAAAAAGUGAAACUGAAAUAAAUGAGAAGACUGUUACGCCUGGGAGCUAACAGCCCCUAGUCAGAAAAUAAAUAGAAAAAUCAAAAAAAGUUACUGUUUCAAAAUUGUAUGAAAAAUAAUUUUAUGAAUCUGAUUUCAAUAAUUUCACUUUGUUUGCCUGGAAAAUAGCCUGAAUUUGAAAAAAAUUUACUGUUUCAUUAUUAUUUGUAAAAUAUUUUUUUGGCUAGAAUUUCAAUGAACUGAUUGUUGCUUAAAAAAAUCUCGAAUUUUAAUAUUGAAAAAAAUCUACUGGUUCAAAAUUAUUUGUAAAAUAAUUUUUUGGCUAGAAUAUCAAUAAACACGGUUUGAAAGUUGUUAAGAAAAUCUCGAGUUUUAAAUGUGAAAAAAAUCAACUGUUUCAAAUCUAUUUGAUAAAUUUUUUAUGGCUUUUCUGAGCUGAUCGGUGGAAGUUUGUGUAAGAAAAAAAUUUACUGUUUCAAAUUUCUAUGAAAAAUAAUUUUAUGAAUUAAACUAUAAUAAUUCAAUGUUAUUCCGGUGAAAAAAUAAGCCCUAAUUAAAAUAAAAAAAUCUACUGUUUCAAAAAAAUGUGAUAAACUUAUUAUGAAUUUUCUGAACUGAUCGCAUUACGUUAUUAUCAAAAUAAAAAAAUUUGGCAAAAAACGAAGGCCAGAAAUUCAAAUGACACUCUUCCCAAGUACGGUGUUUCUUUCAGUCGCUGCGAGACCCAUAUGUGCGUCUUUGACUUUGUUUCUCUGCCCAAUGGUGUGGUUUCGAAACGGUGUUAGUGACGCAGAGGAAUACCGUACUUGGGGAAAUUGGGAUUUGAAUUUCUGGCUUCUCUUUUUUUGCCAAAUUUUUUUUACUUUGAUAAUACUUCAUCGAUCAGAAAAUAAAUUCAAAAAUAAAAAAAAUCUACUGUUUCAAAAAUUUUUUUAAAUCUUUCAUCAAUAAUUUUAAUAUUCCACACGUUUUUUCUAGAAAAAAGUUACUGUUUCAAAAUUGUAUGAGAAAUAAUAUUAUGAAUCUGAUUUCAAUAAUUUAACUUCGUUUUCCUGAAAAAAAUAGCCUGAAUUUGAGAAAAAUUUACUGUUUCAAAAUAAUGUGAAAAAUAAUUUCUUGGCUAGAAUUUCAAUGCUUUCCUUAUUGUUUGUUGAGAAAAAUCAAUUUAAAACUUGAAAAUCUACUGUUUCAAAAUUAUUCGAUAAAUUUGAUAUGGAUUUUCUGAACUGAUUCGUUGUUGGAAUAAUUCAUUCGAUAAACAGAAAAUAAAUUCAAAAAUCAAAAAAAAUCUACUGUUUCAAAAUUAUUUGAAAAAUAAUUUUAUGAAUCAUUAUUCAAACCAUUCAUUUUUCUGAAAAAGUAGCCUGAAUUUGAAAAAAAAUCUACUGUUUCAAAACUAUUUGAUAAAUUUAUAUGGCUUUUCUGAGCUGAUCGACCAGAAGUUUGUGUUGCAAAAAAUCCAAUGCUUCAAAAUUAUUUACAAAAGUUUUCCUGAAUGAAAAUUCAAUUAAAAAAUCUCGAAUUUUAAAUUUGAAAAAAAUCUACUUUUUCAAAAUUAUUUGAUUAAUAUUUUUGUAAAUCAAUUUUUUACUAAUUUUUUUCAGCAGUUGUGUACAAAUUUCUCGAAUUUUGAAUGUAAAAAAUCUACUGUUUCAAAAAAUACUCAUAUAAUUUCCAAUAUUUUUCCUAACGAUACCAGAAUUCAAAAAUCGCAUUCAGGCGCCGCCGAAAUCCGCGAAGAGCUUCGCAAAAUAAUCCAAGAAGAAUAUGCUGCGAAUCGUCUUCAAGUCGCCAAAAAACCCGAUGAUCCAGCAUGCGAUAAAUUGCGAUCCGAAUAUGAUGAGGUGUGUUUCAACACUCCGCCGUUGGCUGCAUUUCAAGAAACUCGCGAGUUUUGUUUGGCUUUUGUGAAGAAUUGCGAGCAUUCGUUGCUCACCAAUAUUUUCACCAAUGUUAAGUGAGUUUCGGGGAAGUUUUGCAAAAAUUUCAGAUAAAUUUGCCACGUGGCAAAAAUUGCUGAAAAGCUGAAAUUCAAAUUUUAUAUAAAUUUUUCAGAAAAAAAGUUUAACAUUCAAAUUUUCCACAUUUUCGCAUAGAAAUGUGCCACGUGGCGAAAAAAAUCAAAAUUUUGAAAAUUCUAUUCGAAAAUUUCACGGAAAACUGAAAAAUCAACACAAUUUUCAGAAAAAAAUGCCACGUGGCAAAAUUUUUAUGUUUCUUUCAAAAUUUCGAAAAAAUUUAAAGAAAUCAGAUUUUUCCCAAAUUUUAGUGCCACGUGGCUAAAUUUUUCAAAAGCUGAAAAUUACAGAAAAAAUGCCACGUGGCAAAAAGUUAAAUUAAUUCAAUUUUUUUUUUUUGAAAAAUUUGAUUUUUACAAAAUUUUACGGGGACCUGAAAAAUCAAUACAAUUACUUUAAAAAAAAUGCCACGUGGCAAAAUUCAAAAUUUGGAUUUCUAGGCCACCAAAAAUCCUUCAAUUUUCUAGAAAUUUGGAUUUCUAGGCCACCAAAAAUCCUUCAAUUUUCAAGAAAUUUGAGAAUUUUUGGUGGUGGCCUAGAAAUCUUUGGUUUUCUAGGCCACCCUACAUUUUUCCAGAAGUUUCAAAGUCGACUUCACCAAAUACUGCAAAAAACAUCUGGAACGCUUCCAAUACGUCUGUCCGGAUCCUCUAAGAUUCUUCUCAUUUGCCCAGCAGGUAUGACCUGAAAAAAUGAGCUGAAAUUAAUUUCAGAGCAAAAUUACAAAAUUUCAGGCCGUCGAAUUUUGCGUUCGCUACAAAGAGCGUUGUCCGACAGAAGAAGUUCCAGCCGAGGUGAAAAUGUUCAAGAAAAAGGUGAGUUUUCGCGCCAAAUUUUCAUUUUCCCGCCAAAAUUCCAGGACGAAGGUCACAUUUACACGCGGGAAAUCGAAACUUGGUGCACACGUCAAAGACGUACAGUCUACAAUUAUUGUACAGAGCCGGAUUUGCUGAAAGUUCCGAAAUAUAUGCAAUUUUGUGGAUUGUAUAAGUUGGCGUGUAUUGAUAUUUAUCAGAGGGUUAUUUAUGGGUGA